AUGCAAAUCGUUUUUCUCGCGAUGCUACUCUUCCUGACGUCCGAUGCUACAUUAAGAAGCCGAAAGAAAAAUGAGGUUGGAGUGGUGAAUCUUUGCGAUGCGAACGUUCGUCUACGAUGUCAAUCAGUUCUCCAGGAUAAAAGAGACGUUUUUCUACCACCACAUUAUCAAUUCCGCUACAGAUUUGUGGAUAUCGCUAAAGGAAAUCGUCAUUUUUGGUGCGAUGCGUAUGGAUUGUUCGGCUUUUGGCAGAAUUUCGAUGUGUUUGGUCGAAAAGCUCCGAGUAGACGAAAUAUCACCUGGUUCCUAAGGCCGGAUGGCUUAUACAUGGACACGUUGGAGAAUCAAGUAUCCAGUUGGACAUGGGAUUAUCCAUCAUUGGAGACAUACGGUAUAGAUUGA